AUGAACUACAUAAAGUUGUCAAAGGGCAUCAAUGUUUGCAGCUGGGACUGUACUCCCACAAGUCUCUGCUGAAAGAAACUUCAAGAAAGAGGGGGAAAAGCAGAGCUGUGGGAUAGCAAGGGAAGAUGGGUGCAGUUCUUGCACUCUGACUACAGUUGCAAAGCAGGUUUGGAGGGAAGGCUGAAAGGAGCGAGACAUCCAGGACAUCUUCAGUCUGUGGGGAAGAGCUUUUCCCAUCAAUGGAGAUCUCUUGUCUGGACUUUGGAAAUAACUUUGGUUCUUGGAUUCCUUCUGUUGACCCGGGGUCAUAUUAGAAGUAAGGUUAUGAAGAAGUGAAGCUCAUGCAGCACAUGGUAAAUGCAAUUUUGAGGGACUCAGCUGGGGCUUUGCAAGCAGGCAGCCUGGUGCUGUCCUCCUCCCCAUCCUCAGAUGUACCACUCUGUGAAGCUGCCUUGGGUCAACAGGAAGCCUUCAAAAUGUGCAUUUCUGAUCUUGAAAAUGCCACAGUGUGCGUGAGGUUUGAAGACAGCUGCAAGCUUAGUAGAGACUGUCACAUCUCUGUAGACUUUUUGAUGGAUUUAGUAGAAUUUUGGCAAGGAGAAGGAAAGAUGUUUCAUCAGGAGAAAAGGUCCUGGCUCAGGUCUACAUCAAGACUUUCACAGAUCUUCAGAUUAAGUGGGAGAUUUGGAUUUUUUGGGAUGAAAGUAUAUUCAUAACCCAGUUCUUGUGUCUGCAAGUCAAGGAUUAUUUCCGCUGUUGUGGAAGGAACACUCUGAAGUCAUUCUCUGUAGUAGUGAUUAUGAAUUGUCAGUCUGAAAGUUUUACCUAGAAAAUGUGAUGUGACAAGAAAUAAGGAUUACUAAUAUUUUAUAAGUAAACAAUACUCUAAUAGCAGCCUUUUUAUUUCAGAUGGAAUGGUAAUUCCUACUCUGACAAUAACCCUGUAACAAGGAGAAGACAGCUUGCCAUUACUAGCUUUCCAUGUGCUUUUAAAAAUAGAUUUUCAUGUUCUGUCACUUACCCACUGAACAUCAGAGAUGAUGUAGAGAAUUAGUGUGGAGGCCAGACUGAAAAUAUGCCUUCGUGACAAAGUCUCUACAAAGCUGAUCCCAUCUUGGCUUUAAGAUAAAAAGAUGGCCUAUCACAAAGUGAAUGCAGACCAGAGAGCACAGGGGCACUCUCCAUACCUGGACAACGAUGAGCUCCAAGCCACAGCAUUGGACCUGGAGUGGGACAUGGAGAAAGAGCUGGAGGAGCCUGGCUUUGACCAUUUCCGACUGGACAGCGCAGCCCAGCACCACCUGGGCAACUCACAGAGCCCUGACCUCGACCUGGAGCCCAUCCAGCCUUCCUCUUCCCCAAAGGGGAGAUUCCAGAGGCUCCAGGAAGACCCUGACUACAUCUCCCACUACACCAGACAGGCGCCAAAGAGCAACCGCUGCAGCUUUUUUCGAAUACUGAAAGUAUUUUGCACUGCUUUGAUUUUAUUUAUUUUUGGAAUUGUGAUAGGAUAUUAUGCACGCAAGAAAUGCCCUUCUCCCCCAACAUCUCAAGAACCAAAUAAUCCUCAGAUCUACCAUGAAAUUCUCAAGGAAAUCAAAGCUGAAAAUAUUCAACGGAUUUACAGAGAUUUGUUAGAGUUCCCCAGAGGAGAUGAUGAUGCAGACCUUGCAGUGAAAAUCCAGGGUCAGUGGCGUUCCCAAGGCCUGGAGGAUGUCCGGCUGGUGAAUUACUCCGUUCUGCUUGACCUCCCAGGCCCCGCUUCAAACACAGUCACUCUGCAGAGCAGCGGGGAAUGCUUUUAUCCAAGUGGACAGCAGUGCAGCACAGACCCCAAAACACUUCACAGCCCAGACCUCCUGUACUCCUACGCAGCUUAUUCUGCCAAAGGAACUCUUGAGGCAGAGCUUGUUGAUGUCCAGUAUGGGACCAUGGAAGACCUGAUCCGGAUUCAAGCCAUCACAAACGUGACCAAAAAAAUUGCACUUUUGAAGCUUGGACAAUCACCUUUGCUUUAUAAGCUUUCUCUGCUGGAAGGUGCAGGGUUUGGUGGUGUUCUCGUUUACACUGAUCCUUGUGACUUGCCAAAGACUGCAGACCUUGCUGACAAAGCCUUUAUGGUCUCCUUGAACAGCGGGGGAGAUCCAUCCACACCUGGUUAUGCCAGCAUUGAUGGAAGCUACAGGCAGAAUCGACUGAACCUCACAACACUGUUGGUACAACCAAUUUCUGCACUGCUUGCCAGAAAACUUGUUUCCAUACCUGAGGACACUGCCCAAAGAGACAGGUGUACACCCCUCCACCUGCCAGCUGCAGGCAAAAAAACAAUCAGUCUGACCAUUCAGUCUGUCACAACUUUCAAGACAAUUUCUAAUGUCAUUGGAUAUCUAAAAGGAGCUGUAUUUCCUGACAGAUACGUCAUCAUUGGCAGCCACCACAGCAGUUUGCAGGGCUAUGGUGGGCAAGGCUGGGCCAGCAGCACUGCUGUGACCACAGCCCUGCUCCAGGCCCUGAUGGCAGAGGUGAGGAGGGGCUGGAGGCCUGACAGGACCCUGCUCUUCUGCUCGUGGGGAGGAACAGCCCUGGGCAACGUGGGCUCCUACGAGUGGGCUGAGGAUCUCAGGAGCGUUCUUCAAAGAAAUGUUGUGGCCUACAUCAGCCUCCAUAAUCCAGUCACAGGCAACUCAACCUUACGGCCCGUGGCAUCCCCUUCUCUUCAGCAGCUGGCAGCAGAGAGCCAGAGCUUCAACUGUGUGGAAAAGGCAAGAUGUCCAGGAUACAAUGUGAGUUCUGUGCAGAUACAGGGAGAUGCAGAUUAUUUCAUCAACCACCUCGGAGUACCUGCCACACAGUUUUCCUAUGAGGACAUCAAAGCAUCAGAGAAUUCCAGCUUUCUCUCUGAAGCUCUUUUUCCUGUACCUGCAACAAAAACUGAAGAGCUGGAUCCCUCCUUCAGCCUGCACGAGACCAUUGCAAAGCUAACAGGACAAGUGACUUUGCAAAUUGCCACUGCUCCAGUUUUGCCGUUUAAUGCCCUCGACAUCGCGUUAGAAGUUCAGAACAGUCUGAAAGGUGAUGAAGCAGGCGUCCCUCAGCUGCUGGCGGUGGCGUCGCGGCUCAGGGACACGGCGGAGCUGUUCCAGUCGGAUGAGAUGCGCCCGGCCAAUGACCCCCAGGAGCGAGCCCCCGUCAGAGUCAGGAUGCUCAAUGAUGUGCUGCAGGGCUUGGAGAAAAGCUUCCUGCUUCAGCAAGCUCCUCCAGGACUUUACAGAAAUAUUCUUUACAGACUGGAUGACAGGACCAGCCAGUUUUCAGUGCUGCUGGAGGCACUGGAGCACUGCAAACUACAUCAGUCAAAUGAGACUGUUCAGGCAGCUUUGUCAGAGGUGCUGAACAGCAUCAAUUCAGCUCAGGUUUACUUCAAAGCGGGACUUGAUGUGUUUGAGACUGCCUUAGCUGGAAAGAAAUGAGAGGAUUCUCUGCAUUCUAAGACAUUUGUUUACAACUCUCUAAACAGAAGUUCAACUUGGACCAGAAUUGUUCUGAGGAUCAAACCUUUCUCAGCCUUCAGCUGGCGCUUAAAGGUACUGCAACACAUUGUUUAAGAAAUGUAAAACAGUAUUUUGCACUGUUCACAAUAUAUCUCAAAUGCCUGUUCCUGAAUGUAUAAAACCUAAAGAGAAGGGAGUAACACUUCAGAGAUGAUUUUUGGAAGGACAUCUGCUGUAUUUUUGUAUGUGAAAUGUGUUUUUAUGACUGAGAGCUCAAUCAUGCGAAGUACCAAGCACGUCCUGCGAUGUGCUGAAGCCCUGGUUCUGAGACACCCCAGAUGUGCAGCCAGGGGAGAUUUCCUCUGUCAGAAAAACCUGACUCAAGUUUCUAAAUGUUUUCAGCAAGCUCAUCUUCUUCCUUACUCCAUUCAGAGUAAGGAAGGAUGUGGUGUUUCCAUGGGUAUCCAACACCGGAGUGGAAAUGCACAGAACACCUUCAAGGGUGCAAUCCAACACCUUUACUCCUGUGGAACAAUAAAUACCUCAGUUCUGAGAAUACAGAUAAACUUCGAUUCUUCCAUUUCUGUAUGAAAAUAAAGAGUUGUUUUCUCUGAUGUUUCUUGGAGAGGAAAUUUUUGUGAUGAUUUCAAAUUAUUUGAAAAGUGUGAAUCGGUAAUUACACUUGCACAAAAAUACUUUGAAUGUUUAUGUUAAAUGAAAGAACUGCCUAGUUUUUAUAAGGCUAGAGGCCUCAAAAAUUUUCACCAAACAUUACCAAAAAAUCCCACUUCAAGGUCUCUAAACUUCCAGAGAGCUGUAAAUAAAAGCAGGGCCUCCAAGUCCUGGGAAAAAUUUUGGGAUUCCAUCACUCUUGGCCACACCACCCACUAUUCCAGGCUGGAUUGUUCCAUCAGGCCUCACAUUUAGGACCUGGGUCAUUGUCAGAAAAGCACAAGGCAAACAUACAUCCAUUCCGUGCUGUAGAACCAGGAAUUCAAGUAUGGAGGCACAAGCUGGUGAAGCACAUGGCAGAGCUAAAAUGCAAAUCUGCUUUUCCAUUGGUAGAAGGCGCUAAUGACACCAUUGCCUGUUGGCCAAAGUAAUCUGUGUGUGAAAGGAUCAGGAGGUUCAGUGUCCUCUGAGGGGAUGCUAUACCCAUUUGAGAACUGCAGGUCUUAAUAAUAUAAACAGUUGAA